UAACACUCCAUAUUUAGGGUUUCACAAUUCCCAAAACCCCCAAUUGAGCUCCAAUUUCAAUUAGAAAUUUAACAAAUUCUGCAUUCACUAACCCUAACAAUGGACGGACACUCAGCACACCUGACGGCGCCAGUCCGUUCGCGGAGCUCCCAGUCGCCGUCUCCCUCCCACUCCGCGUCGGCCUCCGCAUCGUCGUCGAUCCACAAGCGCAAGCUCCCGCCGGAGGACCACGCGCCGCCCUUCCCUCCGGCGUUCUCCGACACUCGCGACGGCGCGCUGACUUCCAAUGACGACCUGGAGAGCAUCAGCGUCCGCGGCGCCGGCGACGAUUCGGACUCCGACGACGAGUCCGAGGAGGAGGAGGAGGAAGAGUACGACAACUCCAUGCGCAAUUUCACGGCCUCUCGUCUGGAGAACAGCAGUGGUGCUGCUGGUGGUGGUCCCAACGCAAGGAACACGAAGAUCAAAGCUGAGAGCUCGGUGAAGGCCGAGCCAGCUGAGGUGGCAAAAGACGGAGAUGGUGGUUUGGCCACAGCGGCAAACGGUACGGUUCCGGGUAUUGUGGUGAAGGAGGAUUCUGUGAAGAGCAUAUUUACUGACAAUAUACAGACUAGCGGAGCUUACAGCGCUCGAGAGGAGAGUUUGAAAAGAGAAGAGGAAUCAGGGGCAAUCAGAUUUGUAUGUGCUUCGAAUGAUGGUAUUGAUAAACACAUGAUCUGGCUGAUUGGGUUGAAAAACAUAUUUGCCAGACAACUACCCAACAUGCCAAGAGAAUACAUUGUUCGUCUUUUAAUGGACAGAAACCACAAGUCUGUAAUGGUUGUCAGAGGAAGUCAAGUUGUUGGUGGGAUUACAUAUCGACCUUACAUCAGCCAAAAAUUCGGGGAGAUAGCUUUUUGUGCAAUUACAUCAGAUGAACAAGUUAAAGGCUAUGGUACCCGACUUAUGAACCAUUUAAAACAGCAUGCACGAGAUAUAGAUGGCUUGACACAUUUCCUCACAUAUGCUGAUAAUAAUGCCGUUGGUUACUUUGUCAAGCAGGGCUUCACGAAAGAAAUUUACUUGGAGAAAGAAAGAUGGCAUGGCUAUAUUAAAGACUACGAUGGGGGGAUCCUUAUGGAAUGUAAAAUUGACCCUAAGCUUCCAUAUACUGAUUUAUCAACGAUGAUACGCCGUCAGAGACAGGCAAUAGAUGAAAAGAUUAGGGAGCUAUCAAAUUGUCACAUUGUGUACCCUGGAAUUGAUUUUCAGAAGGAUAAAAUUAUGGACACUGAUGUCAGUGUUCGUGAUGUUUUCAUAAUGGUAAUAAAUGACACGUGUUUUCUUUGUGAUCAGAAAGAAGCUGGUAUACCCAAAAGAUCAAUCAAGGUUGAGGAUAUUCCUGGUUUGCGAGAGGCUGGCUGGACUCCUGAUCAGUAUGGUCACUCUCGGUUUAAAAUCGUGAACUCGGCUACAGAUGCUGCCUCUCAUCAGAAAUCAUUGACCGCAUUCAUGCGCUCACUUAUAAAAGCAAUGUGUGAUCAUCCCGAUGCAUGGCCAUUCAGAGAACCCGUCGAUGGGCAUGAAGUGCCUGAUUACUAUGAUAUCAUCAAAGAUCCAAUGGAUUUAAAAACAAUGUCGAGGCGAGUAGAAUCUGAGCAAUACUAUGUGACUUUUGAGAUGUUUGUGGCUGAUGUCCGGAGAAUGUUCUCGAAUGCACGCACCUACAAUUCUCCCGAUACAAUCUACUACAAAUGUGCAACCAGGUUGGAAGGACAUUUCUCAAAUAAAGUUCAAGCUGGUCUUCAAUCUGGCAUCAAGAUUCAACCUUAGUUCUUGCUUCUGCACAAUGUAUUCAUGCCUUGCUUUGAGAGUUGUAUUUUUGGAGCUAUGUAUGCUUAGAGUGCGAAAAUUCCGAGUCUGAGUCUAUAAACGUGGUGUAUAAUUGGUAUUUGAUAAAGUGAUGCAAAUAUGAUAACUUAAUAAAGCUAUAACAAACCAAUAUCCGGCACAUGACUAACUGGAGUUUUUUUUUUUCUUUUGGCAUGAAUUUAUUUCAGAAUCUUUCUUGUAUAUUUUUGGAAUAGAUUAGACUAAUUAGUGACUGGGAGUUAUGAAUAAAACAAUACUUGUUUAUUCUCAUAACAACACUGAUGUUUACUGCUGAAUUAUGGGAAGAUGAU